CUUGGCGAAAGCAGUAGCAGGCGCCACAGAGCUAGAGAACUACAGCCAUAACGCCGAGUGUCACUGUGAUUAUUACAAAUACAGUAUAAAACUUUACCGUCACUUCUGCGUCACAAAACAACGAGAAAUACGAGUAAGCGAUGUCUUUCUAGCCUUGAUCUCCGCUCAUUGCUGUUCCUUGCAGAGCUGAUAAUGCUUGAAAUGAAGCUGCCCAUGAAAACGGCGGAGGAAGGAGGAGACGAUACGGCCGAGGACGAGCAGGAGCAAACCGAUUACAAUCUCCAUAUUCCUACUUCGGUCUCCCAGACGGCUUCCAACAGGUUUGCCGCUUCCCCAAGAGGACUGGGCUACCCUCUUGACUUGGAUAAAGAGACUGUGUUCGAGUGGUUCGGUUUGUACCUGAGUCCGUCCAAGCGAAUCGAGUUAAUGUGCGGUCUGCUUCAUAUGUGCCAGCCGCUAGAGCUACGCUUUCUGGGUUCCUGUCUGGAGAAUCUUGCCCGGAAAGAUUUCCAUAUCCUAAGGGACUCUGAAAUAAGAGCAAAUAAUCCCAAUGAUCUGGGCCUUUUGACGGACGUUUCUGACCCUGUCAUUCGGUCCAAACUGCUGGUCUGUCUGUCUCUUUUGGGUUCGGAAAACCGAGAGUGCGCGGGGAUACUAUUUCGUAUAUUGAGCCAUGUGGAUUCUGCCUUGUACUUCAAGAACUAUGGCUUUGCUGUCUCUUCGUGUACUGACCCUCAACAUUUCCAAAUCCAUCCUUCGUGCGUUGACGGACAACAGAUGGGGGGAUCAGCGCAGGGCUGUGGGCCUCCAGUGGAAGCUGGGGCCGGUCCCCUAGAGCAGCUGGCUCUGCUUUUUACUAUGGCCUCCCUGCACCCGGCGUUCCCUUUUCACCAGAGAGAGACUGUUAGAGUGCAACUGGAAAAAGUGGAGGCAGCGAUCGAGGAAGAGAGGCAACACUACCAGCACAGUAGCAACGCCAUGCAAAGGAAAGUUCCAAAAAAUGAUUACCUCUCCCCAAGCACUGAGAGCAGCUUGUUUGACAGAGCACAGUCACCUCACGGAAACCAGCCUGUUUCCAGGAAAACACAGAGGGAAGCAGUUCACAUAGAGAAGAUAGUGCUAAAAGGAGCACAAAGGAGUAGGACAGACAGAUGCUUGGAGUACACCUUUGAGGUGAAGUGGUCUGAUUCUUCAUCAAGCUGUGUCAUGAAAACAUCGCAGGAACUCGAAGACUUUUUAUUUAAGCUUCCAAAGGAGCAGUCCACAGAGUCGUUCGAAAAGGGCAUUUUGAGAUUGCUAAACAAAGGAGAUGAGUUGGAAAGCAGGGAACUGGAGCAAACUUUAAGGGAGAAGUUUUUAUCUGCACCGCAAGCUUUCCGACGAAUUGAGAAGGUCUGCAGCUUCUUCCUCUCCGACUCAUCCACUCCGAGCUGCAGCCAUUGUAACUUACAGCCCCCAGGCAAACCCUUUAAGACCAACGAGCACUUUAAAGAAGACUGCUCAGAAGCAUCCAGUCAGGAAGAAGAUCUGGAGCCGUAUGUGGUGGGGCCUCGGAAGAAGCAUGGCAGCAGCAGCAAAAGCCCCAGCCUUAGCAUUCCAGGUGCCAAGUGCUCACAGGCGGAAGUGCGGAGGACUCCACACUUGGAGCUCAAUGGGGUGGCCGACUGGCGGAAAAAAAGCUGUGUCCUCAAGACAAGUCUGGAGCCUUGCACACGUGCCCCAGAGCAGCAUCUAAGUGAUGAGAACAGGAGUAUGCAUUCUGGGAGCAAGAAGAAAAUAAGGUCUCCAGCUGACAGAGAGAAGGGGAAAAAAAGCGAUAACAGAAUAAGCUACAUCACAAAUGGGGUCAUGAGACAACCUCCCGAACAGCUCAUACGUCCAGCUACUGGGAAAGAUCUGAGGCUGGAUCCUGGCUCAGGACAGGACACCUGUGGAGAGACGUCCUCUGAGUGCUACAGCUCCCCUUCAAGUCCACGACAUGAUGGCCGAGAGAGCUUGGAGAGUGAGGAUGAGAAGGACAAAGACACUGACAGUAACUCAGACGAUUCCAGCAAAGACAAAGCAGACAGCUUCCUCUCUCCCAAGAGUGCUGUUGGUGCAGCUGUUGCAACAGUGCGCCCGCUGCUUCCAGUGAUGCUGAAAGACGGAGUGGCAAGGCCGGAGAGCCCGCUUAGUGCAUCCAAGUUCACUCAGCUCUCUUUCAUGCACCCCAUGCAGUAUGUGGUCCAGAAUGGAGCAACCAAGACAGAGGGUGCAGUUCCUCAACAGAUCCUUGAUGGCAAGACAGCUGGAGGAUUGAUAAUGCCAGCCACUAUGGACCUGCCUAGCCCUGUGGCUGUGGGAGAAUCUGAGAAGCAACUCCUGGAGCCUGUCCCGCUUCCUCCACCUUUUAACCCCUCCCCACUGGGCCUGCCUCCACAGCCUAGCACCCUAGCUCUGCAGCCCCUCAUCCAACGCUUCAAAACAGGUGCCCCGCAAGCUGCCUCCGAGAGCAGCAGUGCCUCCCCGCACCAGCCUCCUGUGGGUGCCAUUAGUAUGAUAUCUCCGGGCCCCUCCUACGUGUCUCCCCACCAGCCGACCUAUCCCAAUACCGAGCCUGCCCUGGGUUCUGGGCUGCCUCUUGCUGAGCCGCACACCAAACCCCCUGGGGUACCCCUACCCUCUGGUCUACCUCCCUCCUUCAGCUUGUCUGUUCCCAGCUCCAUGCUGCCUUCCCCGGUAACAACAGGAACCCCUGCUGUAGGUCAGGUGAAGACCAUGGUGCCAGCUGCUGUGCCUACGCAUACACCAGGCCCAGCACCCAGCCCCAGCCCUGCUCUAACCCACAGCACAGCUCAGAGCGACAGCACCUCCUACAUCAACAGCACCAGCUGUGGUAGCUCCAGUGGGGUCUCUCAGCAGCAGCAGCAGCAACAGCAGCAGCAGCCGCCUACCCCUCAGCAGCUGAGCUGUGGAGCCUGCGGUUGCCGUGGCAGCUGUGGAAGCAGCCAUGUGCACAAUUUCUUCUUCCCUCCCCACCUGCCUUGCCAAGUCUUCAGCGUCCCACCUUUUUUCCACGUGACUUCGCUGUGCAACAGCAGCUACCUCAACCAGGCGCACCAGAGCAACGGCGCCACACAGCUGCCUUUUUUCCCACCUGCCCCCUCACCCUACCCCAGUGGCCCCCUCAUGCACACCCACUCGGACCACGUGCUGGGUACCCAGGCAGGCUAUGGCCUACAGCAAAUGGCUGCCUUCAGCCGUUUCUAUUCACCCGUCUACCCCUCAGUCAGCAUGGUACCUGGCACGAACAAUGGAGUGGGCAUGAAAAAGAAUGGCAACAUCUCGUGCUACAACUGUGGGGUCAGUGGACACUACGCACAGGACUGCAAACAGCCUUCCAUUGACGCGUCACAGCAAGUAUAUGUGGCCUGUGAGGAAGUGACGUCCCGUCCAAGGUGUAUCUUGCCUUGCGCCCGUUACUUGCCGGGUUAGGCUUCGACUCUACAAGUGGCUUUCGGCUGAAGUACUCUGAAGCACUAGAUAAUAAUGACUGAAGCAUCAGAAGGCCAUUAAGGUGUUUUCUUGUUUUGCUUAAAUAAAGUUUCCUGUGAGCCCGUUGUUUUCCUUUUAAUACCUAUUGAGGGUCUGGGGAACCUGAGAACUUGUGCCUGACACUUACCUUCUAAAGGUGAGGGAAAACUUGUUUCCACAGAGACUUCAGCGUGGCCUCUGGUUUUUGCACUGAAGACUGGCAAGAGACACCGGCUUAUGUUUACUAAUUUUUUUCUUAAACUGCAACACCGAGUCUCUUAAAGGACUGUGGGGAAGCUAAUAAUCUGUUAUAAAGAAAUCUUGGGGGAAUUAUAAAAUUCUCUUUUUUUUUUUUUCCACAGUAGGUCUAUGCUUCCUUUCCUUUAUCUUCUUUCUGUAAGAAUUUGCAGUCUAUGUAUGUAAACCUCCAUAGGUUCAUCACCACAGCAUUUUGUAGAUAAUUUUCCUUUUAGUAGCAAUAUGGUCAUAAAAAUAAAAAAAAAACAUUAGGAUAUCUGAGUGCCUCUAUACCUUGUUGAAGAAAAUGUUGGGUAAAAAUGGGGGGAUGACUUUAAGGGUAAAAAAUGCGAGUGAAUUUUGUAACUAAAGGAAAAAACAUUUUAAGGACUUUGUUAGAGCAGCUAAUUAACAAAAAUUUUUAUAUUUAUUUGAAAUCUUAAAUUAAGGAGAAAGUGUGAAUGGUGUAAGGAAUAUUGUUUGUAUAAAAAACAUUCAAGACGCCACAGUCAUUUCUUAAGAUAUUUUUUUUGUUUUAGUGUCAUAGAUAAAUGAUU